AUGAAUAGUCUAUCUGUUGAGCAACAGGCUCGCGCCGCCAAAGCCUACAUACUCCAGGAACUAAAGAAGACCGCCGAUGGUAAUUCGAUACUCGAGGACCAAGAUUUUGGUGCCAGGCUCGACACGAACUUCAUUACCAUCUUUGCCAUCUUUGCAGAGCUAUACGGCUACCGACAUGAUUGCCUUGACCAACUUGUCGAUUUGAUAAGAACGUGUGGGAAAAGCUGGCAAGAAAGAUCUCCCGACCUACAAAAGGUUGACAGGCAACGGGAAGUCGAUCCCGAGUGGUAUCUCUCGAACCAGAUGGUGGGAGGGGUCUGCUAUGUCGACCGCUACGCUGGCAAUCUGGCCGGUAUCAAGAAGCGCAUCCCCUACUUCAAAGAGCUGGGGUUGACUUAUCUCCAUUUGAUGCCUUUGUUCCUGGCACCUCAACCACUCAAUGAUGGAGGUUAUGCUGUGUCAAGCUAUCGAGACGUACAGCCCCAACUGGGGACCAUCGAGGAGCUUAGAGAUCUGGCGACGGAGCUGAGAAAGGCUGGCAUCAGCUUGGUGCUUGAUCUGGUGUUCAAUCAUACCUCCAAUGAGCAUCGAUGGGCAAAGAAAGCAGCCGAGGGCGAUCCUGAGCAUUCCGCCAUGUAUUGGAUCUUCCCAGACCGAAACGUUCCCUCAUCGUUUGAACGGUCGACGCGGGAAAUCUUUCCCGAUGAUCACCCUGGUUCUUUUAUCCAACUGCCAGAUGGUCGGUUCGUAUGGUCGACCUUUUAUCACUUCCAGUGGGAUCUCAACUACUCGAAUCCGGCCGUGUUCAGAGCCAUGGCUGGCGAGAUGCUGUACCUGGCCAACGUGGGUGUCGACUUCUUCCGGAUGGAUGCCGUCGCCUUUAUGUGGAAACAAAUGAACACCGACUGUGAGAAUCUUCCAGAGGUCCACAAACUGCUCCGAGCGUUCAAUGCUCUCUGUCGAAUUGCGGCACCAUCGGUCCUGUUCAAAUCCGAGGCAAUUGUCCAUCCGGACUUUGUGGUGCAAUACAUUGACCGGUACGAGUGCCAACUGUCUUAUAACCCCCUUCAGAUGGCCCUGACGUGGGAGGCAUUGGCCACUCGAGAUGCAUCAAUGCUGUCCCAGGCGAUAGAGCGCAGACACAAUAUAGCGCGAGGCUGUGCUUGGGUCAAUUACGUCCGAUCCCAUGAUGACAUCGGCUGGACCUUUUCUGACGAGGAUGCGACUGAACUUGGUAAGGAGGGUCGAAACCAUCGGAAGUUCCUCAACGCGUUCUUCGUCAACCGCCAUCCGGGAAGCUUUGCUCGAGGCGUCCCGUUUCAGGAUAAUCCCAAAACAGGGGACUGUAGAAUAUCUGGCACCACGGCUUCAUUGGCAGGGUUAGAGUCGAUGCAGGAUCAUGCCAUUGAGCGAAUAUUACUCGCAUAUUCCAUCGCCAUGAGCACGGGUGGAAUCCCACUCAUCUACCUGGGGGAUGAAGUCGGCCAACUCAACGAUUAUAGCUACCUCAACGAUCCCGCGAAAAUAGACGACAGCAGAUGGGUGAAUCGGCCCUGGUAUCCAGAAUCGCGGUACGCCGACCGACACGACAGCAGCACCAUCUCAGGGGCGAUAUAUGCGGGCAUGAAACAUCUCAUCCAUUUGCGCAAAACCACAGACGAACUCGCAGGAGGGAGGGCGAUUGGGUUCUACACGGGCAAUCCUGCCAUCCUUGGCUAUCAGCGUCUAGGGGUCAACUCGAGCGUUUUGUGUCUCUGCAACUUCUCGGAUGAAGCCCAGUGGAUCGGCCGGGACAGGUUCUUGGGGAUGCCUGCAGAGACGACGGAUCUGGUGAGUGGCUAUGUGAUCAACUUACGGGAUGCGGGAAUCCAUAUGAAGCCGCAUCAGUUCAUGUGGUUGAGGUUCUGA